GGAAUUUAGGUAAAACAUAUUUGCAUGACAAUUUGCAUGUGAUAUUUUUUGUAUUGAGACGGUGAAUGAAUGUAUAUAGGUCUGGAAUAAAGAGGAAGGAGUUGGAAAUGAAGAUAACUAGAGAAGGUUUGGGGUUAGUGUUUUUGAAAGCGAAACCCUUUUUAGCAGUGGUUUUUCUGCAAGCGGGGCUGGCAGGAAUGGACAUCAUCUCUAAGGCUGCCUUGAACGAGGGGAUGAGCAACUAUGUGUUCGUCGUUUAUCGCCACGCUGUCGCCACCCUAGUCAUCGCUCCUUUUGCCUUCAUCUUAGACAAGAAAGUAAGACCAAAAAUGACCAUAUCUACGUUCCUCAAGAUUAUGCUAAUGAGUGUUUUGGAGCCAGUUAUAGAUCAAAAUCUUUACUUCUUGGGGAUGAAGUACACGACAGCGACGUUUGCAGCUGCGAUGGCUAACGUUCUUCCGGCAAUUACAUUUGUGAUGGCAUGGUGCUUCAGGCUUGAGAAGGUAGAGUUGAUGAGCGUCCGAAGCCAAGCAAAAAUAUUGGGGACAUUGGCUACAAUUGCAGGAGCCAUGAUCAUGACAUUGGUAAGCGGCCCUGAUCUUGACCUUCCAUGGACCAGAUCAGGACCCACGCAUGAUCUUCAUCGUCAACAACCUCAAAUUUCUAUUCAACACACAAUCAAGGGUGCCCUCUUGAUCACCAUUGGAUGCUUUAGCUGGGCUGCUUUCAUGAUUUUGCAGGCUGUGACGCUGCGUACGUAUCCAGCGGAAUUAUCCCUCACUGCAUGGAUAUGCUUGUUAGGGACCGCAGAGGGAGCAGCGGUCGCAUUAGUGGCGGAAAAGGGAAAUGCUGCAGCCUGGGCCAUCAAAUGGGACACGAGCUUUCUUGCAGCCGUCUACAGUGGUAUAUUCUGUUCGGGCAUUGCUUAUUACGUGCAAGGAGUUGUUAUGAAAGAAAGGGGGCCUGUUUUUGUCACUGCAUUUAGUCCUCUAGGCAUGAUCAUCGUUGCUGUCUUGAGCUCUUUCAUUUUGUCGGAGAAAAUGUAUUUGGGAAGUUAUGUUAAAUGCAGGGUUGUUGGUGCGGGUGUAAUCGUCAUGGGCCUUUACUUUGUGGUGUGGGGCAAACAGAAAGACUACAAAUCCUCUUCUAUGGAAGUAGAAGAAAUUCCGGUAAAGCUAAGCGAUGCAUCAAAAUCAAAGUUGGAGGUGGUUACUACUAAUGUUGAUACCGAUGAAAGAUUAGUGUAACAAAAGGAAUUUUGUUGUGUUGUACGCAUAUCUUUUAGCAAGUUAUUCCCCGAUAAUAAUGUUUUCUCACUCGCGAAAAAAAUAUAAACAUUUAGGGCUAUAAAUUAUAAUCUUUCAUUGAGUUC